CGGAAAAUAUGGACACAAGCUUUUGCUACCUCUUUUUCUAUUGGCUUUGCUCCUCCAUCUGGGGCUACCUCUAUAGCAUGAGGCUAGAGGGAGAGAUUGCACGAAACCCUGCCUCAAUCUCCAACUACCACCAUCUGAGACCCUAAAGGUGGAAUCUUUCUCACAUUAGAUGCUUUCUCAGAAGAGGCGUUUGAUGGAGUAAGCCAAAACGAAGGAUUUCUUUGGAUUGAAGGGUUUGUAUUCUUCCUCCGUAACCCAAUAGCAAUCCCUCGCCCUAGUCCAAUCUCGAAGUUUUCUCCCUGCUGUCGUUAAAGGUGGUUCCUUUUCUUCUUGCGUUUGGUUAUUCUGGUCUGGAAGAGUUCAGUGGAAGAGAAAAGAGGUACCCUUUGCUCUCCUUGAAGCCCGGCAGGAAAAAAGCUUGUGGCUUUUAGAUCUUAGGAGAAGAAUUAAAGAGAAAAAGGAGGAGAUUUUACUGAAAAAGGGGAUUCUGUCGAGAUGCCGAUUUGGAGGUUUGGCCUGGUUUCCUGGUUCAACGAUAAGGUUGUCGAUCCUCUGAUGCAAAUAGUCAGAAGGGGUGCAGAACCAAAGCAAUUGGCAUUUUCCACUGCUCUUGGUCUGACAUUGGGAGUCUUUCCCAUAUGUGGAACGACAUUCUUUCUCUGUGGAAUGGCUAUUGCAUUGUUUGGAGAUCGUUGCCAUGCUCCAAGUGUAAUGCUUGCUAACUUUGUAGCUACUCCAAUUGAGUUGAGCCUGGUGAUACCCUUCUUGCGCCUUGGUGAAGUCAUCUCUGGUGGUCCUCAUUUUCCAUUAACAUCUGAUGCACUGAAAAAGGUAGUGACAGGCCAAGCCUCACGAGAAGUACUACUCAGUGUACUCCAUGCGUUGUUGGGCUGGAUCAUUGCUGCACCAUUUAUCCUUGGCAUGCUCUACACUGCCUUUGUUCCUUGUUUCAAGUUUCUGGUUCACAAGUUCGGCAGCAUUCCCUCAAGCCCGAAGAAGCACGAAGUCAAGCGCAAGGUGAGGGAUAUCUAGUUCUACAAAUUCUAGGAGGGAGAGGGAUGGGACAACUCCCUGAAGGGAUCUGAUUGCCCAUAUAACAUCUCUGUAUGUAUGCCUCUGUUCCAACAAGGUGGUGUGCUGUUAUUGUCUUCACUUAUUGAUGUAAUGAAUAUUUAUGCAUUUUAUCAUUUUAAUCGUGCCGAUGUAGGGUAAACCUGUGAGUAAAAUGGACUCUCUAAUGGUCCGAUGGAUUCCAAUUAUGUGGUGGUGUCUGAUGUUCAUGUGAACAGGGCCAGUGGAUUGAGGGGGUAAUAUUGUUGCAUUUCUAUGACUGAACUCUUAUGAUGCAAGGGGUUUCAUGUGCUCGCUAA